GCAUAGUUAAAUUUGUCUCAUUUUAGGAUAUAGGAUAUCCAGGUGAUGUCGGUUAUCAGUCACUACUCUACCCAAAUGAAGCUGAACUGAGGAGGAUUUUGAUGUUCCUUAUUGAGAAGUUACCAAAAGACACUGCAGCAGUAUCUGAUGAGCCCAUCAAUAAGGCUUCACUGAUACAUCAAGAAGUGAAACAAAAGUUAAGGAAGGUUCUUUCUCAACCUUGGAUUCCACCCCACUGCCGUGCUGUUGUGCGAGCUUAUGCCUCUCAAGCAUCUUUGACAAGCUAUGGCACUCAGCAUAAUCAUCCAUUUGUUUCAAAGCAGUAUACACCUAUUGAAUCUUCAAAAUUGUCACAAGCCAAGAAAAUAUACUAUGAGAAAUAUGCCAGAAGAAUAACGAAGAUGCUAGGUGACAGGUAUGUCAUACCAACAUUAAUCAAUCAUCAUGCUGCACAGUUGGAAUGGGACAGAAUUUUGCCUUCCUCUGAAAUUGAAAUGGAAAGCAAAGAAGGAAUGAAACUUAACCCCAUAAGCCCUAGAAAUGCAACUGGUGAGUCCAAACCUGUUACCCACAUGGAAGAGCAUCAGUUACUUACUUCCUCCUUUGGAUGUUACAAAGUUUUAAUGAAUUCCCAGGAACCUGGUAAGGAUAUAGUGUCUCAGAAUUCCUCUGCAGAUAUUGGCAUGAGCACUGAAGAGCAGUUAACUCUGAAACGAGAAGAACACUUGAAACAGUGUCAGAAUGAAGUUGCUGAUCUUGCCCAAAAGGUAGAAGAGUGCAUUAAGGUUACAGAUUCAGCAGAGACAUCAUUAAUAAAGCUGCAAAAUGAAAUUGAAAUGCAGGAUAAAUUGAAUGAGGAGAAAGAGAGUGAGUUUAAAACCAAACAGAGAACAGCAAAUUUGAUUCCAGAUUCUGAGUCUAACAUCCAAAAAUUACAGGCUGCAAUCAAGCAUAGUGAAGAAAAGAUGUCUCGCUUGCGACAGCAAUGGGAAGCACAUAAGGAACCUUUGAAAGACCAACUAGAGAAACUUAAUCAUGAAAUUAGUGGAAAAAAGGGAAAUAAAGAGCAGUUACGCACCAAGGUAGCAGAGUUGAGAGACAAAAUGCGUAGUAUGGUACAAGAUGCUGCAAGAAAAGAAGCUCUUUUGGCACAGCUCAGGAGUCAGUGUGAGACUAUGAAUAAAGAUAUUAAUAGGUCGGUGUAUACAAAACGCAUAAUUGAUAUUAGUGCUAAAGUGCGUAAACAGAAAGAAGAGAUUGACAGAGUGCUUGCUGACACAAGGACUAUACAAAAAGAAAUAAAUACCAUAUCUGGAAAACUAGAAAGGACCUUUACAGUGGUUGAGGGUUUAGCAUUCAAAGAAGCAAGCAGUAAUGAAAGGGCUCGGCAGAUCUACAGGGCUGUUGCUGCUGUUCAUGAAGGAUGCGGUGAUUUAGUGGAUAUUAUACGUGAAACAGGAGCCAUUCAGAGAGAUAUCUCUGAUCUGCAAGAACAGGUUGACUUGGAGAAAGAUAAAAAGGUAGAAGAAACUUUGGAGCAACUAAAGACUGACUUAACACAGGUCAAGAAAGAAAAUGCAUCCUUGAAGCAACAGUUCUCAUAACACCCCAAAACAGCGGAGUGGAUGCGUGUAGCAGAGGGGUUUUCCAAAAAGUGGAACUUUCCUAAUUGCAUUGGAGCAGUUGACGGGAAGCACAUCCUGAUAAGGCCACCACCUGAUAGCGGCUCCUUCUACUACAACUACAAAGGAAGCCACAGCAUCGUGUUAAUGGCUGUCUCCAAUCCAGACUCAAACUUCAUAUAUGUUGAUGUGGGCACUAAUGGACGAGUGUCGGAUGGUGGAGUUUGGGAUACCUGUUCUCUCAACCAGCAUAUUGAAGCAGGAUCUGCAGGUAUGCCAGAUGAUGAGAUACUCCCUAACAGCUCAAAAGUAUUACCAUAUGUGAUCGUUGCUGAUGAUGCAUUUCCUCUGAAGCGUCAUAUCAUGAAUCCUUUCUCUCAUCGAAAUCAAAAUCUUGAGCAACGUGUGUUUUCCUACCGACUGUCAAGAGCUCGACGCACUGUAGAAAACGCAUUCGGAAUACUUGCUAACAGAUUUGAAGUGUUUCAUAAACCCAUUAACCUUGAACCAACAAAAGUAGUACAAAUAGUACUCGCUUACACUGCACUACAUAAUUACCUUCGCACAGCACCUGUCACCCCAAAUGUGUGUUCGGAUGCAAAUAACGACAACACUGAAGACAUCCCUGGAAUGCUACCGCUCGAGUAUGAGCAACAGACCUCCACCAUCAAUGGCACAAUUGUACGCAAUCUGUAUAUGAAAUAUUUCAAUGAGGAUGGUGCUGUGAUCUGGCAAAACAGACAUACAUGAGGCUAAGUUACAAUAACUCCUGAGUAAAAUUAUAAUAGUAAUGUAUAAUACAAAUCACCAAUGUUGCAUAUUGAACAUACUUUACAUUGCUUUGUUGACAAA